UAAAGAAAAUAAAUAGUAAAUUGUGUCAUGUAUUUUAUUUAGAGAUCCACUCCGUAUGUGACAUCUAUUUUGUAUAUACAAACAUUUUGUCUACAGUUUAUUUAGGUUUACUAAACUUAGUAAUUAUUAAAUUAUACCUAAAUAAGAAUUCAAUUAAUACAUUGUGUAGAAUCUAAAAAAAAUGACUGAGAGAAAACCAAGCUUUACUGCAAAGUUAGUAAAUGGAGCGAUUGCUGGAAUGAUUGGCACGUGUUGUGUUUUCCCACUUGAUCUUGCAAAAACAAGACUUCAAAAUCAACGAACAGUAUCAAAAGUAGGAGAGAAAGUUGUAAAACAAUAUAACAACGUUUUUCAUUGUAUGUAUAAAGUUGCACAAGUUGAAGGAUUUAGAGGCUUGUACAAAGGGCUUCUUGUAAAUUUGUUGCUUGUUAAUCCUGAAAAAGCUAUCAAGCUUGCUGUUAACGAUCAAGCUAGACAGUAUUUGGGAUCAAGUCAUGGAGGAUUUUUGCCAUUGCAUUAUGAAAUGUUGGCUGGAGGAUUUGCAGGCUUUUGUCAAGUUGUCAUAACUACACCAAUGGAGUUUCUUAAAAUUCAAAUGCAAAUUGCAGGGGGAAGUUCAGCACCAUCUUUGCAUAAAAUAAGUGCGACUCAAGUUGCAACAAAAAUGAUUAAAGAAAAAGGAAUUCGUGGUGUAUAUAAAGGAUAUGGUGCAACUCUUAUGAGGGACGUUCCAUUCUCUUGCUUAUAUUUUCCAUUGUUUGCAUACUUAAAUUCAAAGGGAUUUGCUUCAGAUGGAAGUCGACCCCCUCUAGUCCACACUCUUAUCUGUGGUUUAUUUGCUGGUAUGGUUAGUGCAGGAACCGUGACUCCUCUUGAUGUUAUCAAAACACGACUCCAAGUGUUAAAAAGAGCCGAGGGAGAAGCAACUUAUAAUGGGUUUCUUGAUACCGCCGCUAAGAUAUACAAAAACGAGGGCAUUCCAGCUUUCUUUAAAGGAGCCGUGCCACGUAUGGUCGUCGUGGCCCCUUUAUUUGGAAUCGCCCAAAUGAUUUAUUUUAUUGGUAUUGCUGAGAAGAUAUUUGAUAUUUUUAGUUAAA